AGUGGGGAGCCCCCAGGGAUACGGGGAGCCCCUAGGGAUACGGGGAGCCUGGGGACUCGGUUGCUGCCAACGGCGCUGUUCAGUGCUGGUAACGGGCCGGCACGGGCUGGCCCGGCCCAGGGGCAGCGGCGGGAGCCGAACUUUCUCCCGGGGCGGAGCGGGAGCCCCCGGGUGUGGCGGGGACAUGGCCCGGGGGGGGCGGGAGGGGAACGCGGCCCUGGGCGCUGUCCCCGCCGCUCUCCUGCCUCCCGGCGCUCCGGCUCGUUUCGAUUUCGUUUCCCGGAAAGAUCGCGCCGAAGCCGCAGCGGCCGCAGGAGCGCGACCCGCCCGCGCCGGGCAUUGGGGCAGCGCCGAGCUCCGGGGGGCGUCGGGGCCGGGGCAGCGCCGAGCCGCGGGGGCACCGGGGCAGCGCCCAGCACCGCCGCGGGGAGCGGCGAGCCGGCGGCAGCGGGGAUGCAGGGUAAGGUGACAGUUGGUUCUUCCAGCUCGGUUGUUACAUCUUCAUUACCACCCCAGGCCAGACACACACCCAUCAGUGAAGGGGAAAUCUUCAGGCUACCAGGCAGGCUGAGAAUCCAGCCCUCACUGUGGAGCAAGGACGAUGUCAUCCACUGGCUCAGAUGGGCAGAGAAAGAGUAUUCCCUUCGACAAACUGAAGAAAGCAAGUUUGAAAUGAAUGGCAAAGCCCUGUGCAUCCUUACCAAAGACGACUUCAGAUACCGAGCUCCUAGCUCAGGUGACGUGUUAUAUGAAUUACUCCAGUACAUUAAGACUCAAAGAAGAGCUCUGAUGUGCAGCCCUUUGCUGAACUCACCUUUCCAAGAGGCCAGGAUCACAGACGAAGGGAUGGACUGUGGUGUGGAGGCUGCCCCGGUUGCUCUUUCAUCCUGCCUGGGUCACACAGAGCUGUCCUCAUCCCACAUCCGUGAGGAGCCCCUGAACCUCUCCCAUCACAACUCUGAGGGCAGCUGCAGUGCAGAUUCUAUCUGCUCAUUUCCUACAGCCCUGUCAGCACCAGUGGAUGGGAAAAUUGCAGAUUGCAGGUUACUGUGGGAUUACGUAUACCAGCUCCUCUCUGACAGCCGCUAUAUGCCCUACAUCAAGUGGGAAGACAAGGAAGCCAAGGUCUUUCGCAUCGUUAACCCAAAUGGACUUGCCCAGCUCUGGGGGAACCACAAGAACCGGAUGAACAUGACAUACGAAAAGAUGUCACGAGCACUCAGACAUUACUACAAACUUAACAUCAUCAAAAAGGAGCCAGGGCAGAAGCUGCUGUUCAGAUUUCUGAAGACUCCUGGGGAGAUUGUCCAUGAGAAAUCCAGCAAACUGGAGCAGCUGGAGAAUGAGGACCAUGAGGAUCUCAAAGAAGACCCACUGGAGGUUUCAUCAUAGGAAGUCUUUGAAGGUUGCAUUUGCAGUGCUUUGCAGAGGGACUUGUUCUCUGCUGGGGAGAACCAGCAUCUCCUGCUGUCUUGGACAGAAGGCCACAGAGGUGGUCCUGGAUUUCAAAACCUGCCCUGAGCCAUAGCUGUGAUAUCUCUGGAGCUUCACCAGCAAAACACACUCAGAAAUUAUCCCCAAGCCCAGAAAACACAGGUGAAUGUGUGUGCUGGUCUUCUGCUCACUGCUUCCUCCCCCUCUGGCAGGGACCAUGAUAUUUUUGUUCUGUAAAUCUUGAUGCUCGACUUUAAGGUCCAAACUUUCUGCUAAAGACUGCUUGGUUGUUACAGUGAGAUGUGCCGAGCAGAGAGCACCGGAGCAUGUGCUCUGAGUUGAACAUCUGCUGCAGCAAGCGGUGGCCCUGAGUGUGGACGUGCUGCUCUGAAUCUGAGAUGUUCCCUUGAUUUGAGAUAAGACUUACCUUGCAGAUAUACUGUACAUUGUGAUCUGCCUCCUGUGGAGCCACUCCUGUGAUUAAGGGUGGGAAUGUGCUGAAGUAUCUGUCUGGAUCAGGCCUGGUUGGAACUUCAGGCUGUGGUGCACUGUGUCUUGUUUUAAUGCCCUUUAACUCUUUCCCUCCAUUUAAUAAUGCUUUUUGUAAUUAGCUGACUAAAUAAUGUGACAAGAAACAGGCCAGUAAUGUACACGAUCA